AGUACUACAAGAAUGGCCAGUAUGAAGAGGCCCACAAGAUGUACACUCAAGCAAUUAUCAAAGAUCCGACGAACCCUGUGUUCUUUGCGAAUCGUGCUAUCUGUCGGAUUAAGAUGAACUUGGACGAAGAGGCUGUUGCUGACUGUGAGCGAGCCACGACACUAUCGCCCACCAACAUCAAGGGAUGGUAUUACAUGGGUCAGGCUUUGCUGAAGCUCAGACGGCCAAAUGAAGCUCUCAAAGCUUGUCAGAAGGCGUACGAUCUUGCGAAACGCCAGAGUUCCCCUCUCGCGGUUGACAUCGUCGAGAAACUCCUGGCAGCAAAGAAAGCCCGAUGGGAUGCUAUGGAACAACGAAGGAUCGAUCAGGAGUGCGAGUUGUUGGCCAACUUGAAACUCCACCUUUCCCAGGAUCGGGACAGACGCAUCGCUGAGUACAUGGCUGGCGAUUUGCCACCUGAGGAGAAGGAUGCUGAGUGCGACUGGGCUAGGCAAGAGUGCGAAGAGCAGAUGCGAGCACUCUGCGACGCCUUCGCUCGUGCGAAUGAGUCCUUGCGACCUCGAGAGGUGCCAUUGCAGUUCAUUGAUCCCAUCUCGUUCAAUUUCUUCACGGAUCCUGUGAUCACGCCCUCCGGUCAUACUUACGAAAGGGCAACACUCAUGCAACAUUUGAAGACGUCUCCCACGGAUCCGCUGUCGCGUAAAAAGUUGUGGCCGGAACAGCUCAUACCUAAUAUUGCAUUGCGCGAUGCUUGUACAGAGUUCUUAGAGAAGAACGGAUGGGCUGUGGAUUACUAGAUGAGUGCAGUAUCUGAACAUAAGCGUUUGUUUUCUGGUAUGCACGGACGGUGUUUGGUAUUUGGGAACUAUUGGGAAGCAUCGGUAGCUUGGCGUUAAGCGGCAUUUCAUUGUUUUAUACCCGCUAAUUUUUGUCACCAAUGUAAUCUUUGACGAUGAUCAA